AUGGUUACUAUGGGAUUAAAUUCUGUUAAUCAAGGAGGAAAAUCUGAAUCAUUCAAGCUGAGUGUUUAUGACGCCGUCCUGGAGCCCGGUGUCACCGUAACGUCUGUGAGCAGCGAGCGCUGCACCCUGCUGUGUGCUGUGGACCAACUGAGUGGAGGGACUCUCUCCUGGUAUCAAGGAGAGGUCCUGGUGAUCCAGAGCAGCACCCAGCGCUCUCUCCCUCUGACCGUGGACAGGCUGGGUCUCCGGUCCUCCUACCGCUGUGUGUCUGCCAACCCUGCUGGGAACCUCACCACGUCAGUCGACGCUAAGACGUCCUGCCCAGUAGAACAGCUCACUGGUGAUGAAGAUGAAGAGGAGUCUAACAGGCUGGUCCGGAUUGUGAUUCCGAUCAUCUGUGGUGUUACAUUCAUCCUAUUCGUAUCUGUCAUCAUAUUCUUUGUUGACAGACAUCUCCAAGCUUCAAUCCAGCGGGAACGUUGCGUUACACAGCAGGAGGAGCUGCAACACGUACGUCAGAUACAACCAGAUACAAGGCAAAGAGAACUUAAAGGAAUAAUCGUUCUUGGAUCAAACCAUCCUAGCCGCCUGGUGUCAGUAAAACAUUUGUUACCAAAAAAAGGAUGACUCUGUUUGCAUUUAGUGUGCGCCCCCCGGCACGAAUAUAACAACAGCACAAAUUGAGCAAUAUAGCACUUGGGUCUUUUGGACCCAAGUGAUCAAUGUGCUUCAGCCCAUAUGGAUCCAUAUAAUGAAUCACCCUACAAUUACAGUGAAUCUCCCUGCACGUUCAGUGAAUCACCCUACCAGUAGAGUAGGGUAAAUCUGAACAUUGGCUUCCUGUUGGAAGACCUUCCUGAGACCAAUCUGUUAUUUAUUCCCAGAGUAUACAAAAAACAUGGGAAAGCAGGAUUUAGUUAUGCAACAAAUAGCUGGAAUAAACUCCCUGAGGAUUUAAGACUUGCCCCAACUCUGACAACUUUUAAAACAAUA